CCACAAGUGUUGCUCGCGCAGGCCGUUCGCUGUGGCUAAAGUUGCUGGUUUACUCUUGCUGUGUAGUCUGGCACCCGAGAAGACUGGAAACUUGUCUCGACUGCUCGUGUGCUGGAACAAAAUACAGAAGAUAAAAACGUUAAAGACAAAUCGUCAUCAAAAUGGAAGGUAUACGCAAUAUCUUGUUAUUAGCAAAUUUGCUGUUUGGUAGUGCAUUAUUUGCAAGCUCAGCCCACACGGGAAGACAGGGUGAAGGACGCUGGGUAGACAGCCCGCGUAGAAUGACCGUUUUCAACCUAAUCAAGAACAGAGAAAAAACAGUUAGUAAGAAGUGUGUCUUCCCUGACAACUGCUUGAUUGAUAACAAAACGAAAGAGCAGCAAGACCAGGACAGUAUCACGGUGAACAAGCACAGAGCGAAGAGCGUGUUUGAAAGAUCAGAACUGAGAAGGCCAUUAACCGGGUCUCCGCUAGGCCAUCGUGAGAAGCGUGAUGCUGUUGCAUCAUCGCAGUCUGUUUCUCUUCCUCCUGCCUUCCCUCUGCUGCACCAGGAUGAGCCACGCCUUUCUCUACAUGACGCAUCUGAUCCUCAUCCCGGUUCUUUGCCCAGUAAGACGGUACCUGAGCGAAAUAGCACAAUUUCUUCUGGUAUUGACAGUGUCGCUGUCAGUGUACAUGAGGCCGUCGCUCCUACCGCUGCCACUGGCUCUGACCUGGUUUCACCUCGCUUGGCCCUUGGCCUUCACGACCUCCACUUUCCCCAGCACGUUGUUCCACGAGACCAGGUCACGUUUCCCUCUCACCACGAAGCACAGAUCACUUUGGAAUCGGGCGGUCGGAAGCCUCACGAGAAAAGAAGCCCCGACCAUUACUUAGACUCCGGAGAGGUUGAGAGCGUCGAGGAUCUAAGUUCCGUGGGUCUACGGACAUUCUGGUCUCAGUCUUACUGGAACUCGGGUGCUCCUUCGUCUUUCUCUCAUUACCCGAUGCGUCCAGAUGUCCCGACUUCUCAUGACUUCAAAUCCCCGACUGCCUUUAGACAUUUCUCGCCUCAAGCGGCUUUUCCCAAGGUGCCAGCAUUUCCAGCUGCGCCCAGCAUCUCACCUUCUCCCUUUUCACCCAUCUCGCCACCAUCACCUGAUCAUGUCUUCCCCUCUGCUCCUUUUACACCUGCCCCCAGAGGCCCAGAAAUUAUCAGGGCACCAUUGAGACCCUGCUUGGAUAAUUGCUCGUUUCUGUUGGCGGAAAACGUUUGCGCAGAGGACUUCCAGUACAUAGACACCAGAGAGCAAGGUAUAAGGUUCUCUAUUCAGCGCUUAACUCCAGUGUCCUUAGAUAGAGCUCCCCCUGCCUCGUUUACCCCUACGACUCCCACGCCCACCUUUCCUCCUACGUUCCCCCCGGUCGAGAUUAUCUCCCCCCCUGCUAUACCUCCUACUCCUCCUUCAACACCCACCUCCCCCCCUCUCACGCCUACCCAGGCCACGCCCACUACCACCCCUGCUAUAGGACGAACCCUGCUCGGAGCCUUGCAUGUUUUUAGUGGCGGAAAACGUUUCGUAGAGGACAUCCAAGUACCAAAAUAA